UUUGGUCUCGCACUCAUUCAUUUAUCAUCGAUUGGGUAUAAAAUGCGAGAAGGCCCAGAAAAUUUAUUAGUGAUCGAUCGAGAUGGCUUCUAAGAUUAUUUUCAUCGCGGCUUGUCUGGCCAUUGCACAGGGUGAUCAACGUCCAUUUCUAGGUCUCAGUGUCCCCGAACUCGGAUUGUCUCGAAUAGUUGGAGGAAGUGAAGCAAUUAAGGGUGCAUUUCCUCAUCAAGCAUCUCUUCAGUGGGGCCUACCUCCACUAAUAACUUAUCGUCACUUCUGCGGGGGAUCGAUAAUUAGUGAUCGAUGGGUAUUGACUGCUGCCCACUGCAUCGACGCAGUCCCCAGUUUUGGAUUUUUCGUUGUCAAACUGGGAAAGCACUCGCUGAAGGAAACCGAAGCCGAAGAGCAGCUGGUCAGGGUCAUCUCAUCGUUCGUUCACGAGAAUUACACAGGGGGUGUUGCCCCCUUUGAUGUGGCUCUAAUAAAACUGGAGUCUCCAGUGAUUUUCAACCAGAGAGUUGCUCCUAUUAAUCUCCCGAAAGCUGGGGCUCGACCCUCUGGAAAUGUCACCCUCUCAGGGUGGGGAUCGACAGCCCCGAGUGGAUCAAGUCUUCCAGCCAAUUUGCAAACAGUCAUUCUCCCUGUGGUAGAUCUCCCCACCUGCAGAAAGUCUCUUGAGGCGCUCGUGGGUCCUUCCCCUCUCCACGACAACAACGUCUGCACUGGACCAUUGACUGGAGGAACUUCUGCUUGCAGUGGAGACUCGGGCGGACCUUUGAUCGCGAGGAAUGGAAACAAGUCUGAAGUCGUGGGGAUCGUCUCCUGGGGAAUAUUACCCUGUGGCAGUGUCGGCGCUCCGUCGGUCUACGCCAGGGUCUCAGCCUUCGUCGACUGGAUCCAGAAGACCAUCACCGAGAACUGAAUAUUUUUUAAUAAUUCAAGAUUUUCAGUUUCUUAAUUUCCCAACUUAAGUCCGGGGGAAUUUAAAUUAAAAUUAUUAAAAUAUACCCAAACAGUAUUAUAUAAAUUCAAUUCCCCAAAAUAAU